CUCUUUUACCAUCCUCCUCUCUUUUCUCGCCCAAUUUCUUAUUCUUCAUUUCCAUGGUGCGUUGUUCGUAAUUACUCCCCAAUCCAAGUAGCUGUACAGUUAAAAGCUAAGGGGAACUGAUUACUAUUAACAUUAAAAAAAGAAAGCAAAAAAGGAAAGAUGAACCAGUGUGCAAUCCAACAAAGCGAAAUUGGAAGCAGCCGUGGCGAGAUGCGGAGCUCCAUUUCCGUUUCGGUUAUGGUUGUGGAUCGGAAAGAGACCAUGGUUUGCCCGAAACCACGUCGUCUGGGUCUCUUGAACACUCCCUUCAACGACUACCGUGUUAGGUCCCCCAGAUGGCAACUUUGCCAUCAAGCGGAGGUUUGUGAUUCAAAAGGAGGGAGUGAUGUUUUGGAUAUGAUUCUUAUGAAGGAUGGAAGUGGAGUGGAACAAACUUGUACAGACAUAGGGUCGUCGCCCCCAUUUUUUUGUGGGUCGCCACCCAGCAGAGUAUCUAACCCGCUAAUACAGGAUGCCCGAUUUGGGGACGAGAAGGCUAUGACUCCGCUGCCACCGUCGUCUCCAUCAUCCAAUUCAAGGAAAGGCAGCUGUGUCCGGGCAAAUUUUGGUAACAAACCAGCAGUGAGAGUCGAGGGGUUUGAUUGUCUCGAUAGAGAUGGUCGAAAUUGUCGCAUCUCUGCACUGGCAUAGAACCCCAUUCUAAAAAAACAGUACAUAGAUAUAAACCGGAAGGUUCUUAAUAAUGCCACUUUUAAAACAGACAAGGGAGAGAGAGAAAAAUGAGAGGAACUCUUUUGUUGGUAUGUAAAUAUGUUUGUAAGGGGUUCCUUUAAUCCUUUCAAUGUAAGUGAUGGUGUCUUGUCUUGUAAGUAAAGGAGUUUCUUCAACAAAAAUAAGGGGAGAGGCGCGUUUGCUUAGGGUAGUUGUAAAAAACGCCAUGAAUCAUGUGGGGAGAGAUGAUCUUUUCCUACUGUUUAUUUUUUUUUGUUUUUGGUGGGUCGUUUGAAGUUUUAAUGAUGAGCGGCUUAUGGAGAGAAAAUCUGUACAAAUUUUGAAGCUGGUAAUUGAGCAUAAUUUAUGCUAGACAUUCGACAAUUUGUAUAAUGAAUCUUCUUUUGUGUUGUUUCUGGU